AGUAAAAAAUGGGAUGUGCAGCGCCCUGCUCUGAGCCCGGCGUGCCGGCCACGCGUACGUGUCAGUCGAGAUUUGGCCGGAAUCACAUCCACCAUCCCAGACCAAAGUCCAACUUGGAUGGAAUCAUUUCCAGUUUCCCACCCAGAAACCCAAGCGGCACCCGAUCACACUCGCUCACACUGACACUAGCUCACCAAACACUCAUCACUAGCUAAGCUGCCUGCUGCCGCUCAUGGCGUCGCCGAAGAAGGCGAGGAAGCCGCGGGCGAGGCGCCCCCUGCUGCUCCGUCGGGCCAUGCUGCACGCCUCCAUCUGCUUCCUCGUCGGCCUCCUCGCCGGCCUCGCCCCGGCCGCCCGCUGGACGGCCUCCGCCUCCGCCCACGUCUCCCGCGCGCUCCACGCCGUCGACGGCGCCUUCGACCGCGCCGUGCUCCUGCUCCGGCAGCAGCAGCGGCAGCUGCGGGACGGGCGCGUCCACGUCGCCGUCCUCCCAUCGCCGGCGCCGGGGCCGCCGGCGCUGGAGCCGCUGCGGCAGCCGCAGCUGCUGCUGGUGGUGACCGCCACCGAGCGGUCCGACCCGGAGCGGCGGGCCGCGGGGCUCACGCGCGCCGCGCACGCGCUCAGGCUCGUGCCCCCGCCGGUGCUGUGGCUGGUGGUGGAGCGGGCAACGGAGGCCCUGCCCACGUCGGGGUUGCUGCGCGGCGCCGGGGUGGCGUACCGGCACCUGACCUACCCGGAGAACUUCACGGCCGACGGCGUCGGCGUGGAGAAGGAGCGGCACCACCAGCGGAACCUGGCGCUGGAGCACGUGGAGGAGCACCGGCUGGGCGGUGUCGUGCUCUUCGCCGGCCUCGGCGACGUCUACGACCUCCGCUUCUUCGACCAGCUCAGGCAGAUCAGGACGUUCGGCGCGUGGCCGGUGGCGACCGUGUCGGAGCGCGAGCGGAAGGCGACGGUGGAAGGCCCGGUGUGCGGCGGCUCGCCGUGGGCAGUCACCGGCUGGUUCUCCACGGCCGACGCCGCGGGUGCGCCGACGGUGAGGGCGAGACCGCCGGCCGGCACGGUGGACGUGGCGCGCUUCGCGUUCGGCAGCACCCUGCUCUGGCACCCGAGCCGCUGGGACAGCUUCCCCGUCUCCGAGCCCGACGCCUCACAGGAUUCCGUGAAGUUUGUGCAGCGGUUGGCCGCGGAGGAUUACAACAAGUCGAGGGGGAUGCCCAACCGGGACUGCUCGGAGGUCAUGGCGUGGCGCGGAGAUCAGUUCCUAGCAACCUAGUUUCAGUCAGUAACCGGUUGAGUGACUUGUGGUAUCACGGAACAACAAAUUUAGAAAUACAACAGACUUAAACGGUCUCAGAUAAGAAAGUACACAUACUUUGCGUUUUUUUUUCUUUUUGCAGGAGAAAUACUUGUAUUACUCAAAUUACCAAUUCAUUACCGUCA